GCCCCGUGUGUGCGGUCUUUGACGCUCGUUGCCGUCAUCCAUCAACACUACGAUAUCGAUAUUUUACAACCCUAACGUAAAGUGGAAAUGUUGGGUUAAGACAAUCGAUCUUGGAGUCAGAGCCAUGGCACGCUUUGUGCUGGCGAGCGGGGCCUUGCUCUGCGUGCUCAGCGCGGCGCUUGAGACAAGUGCGCUCACGGUGCUUCCACACGACGUCCGCCCUGGCCAUGCCGUACGUCACUUCGAAGGAAACUACUCCCGCUACACCUUACUGGAUCCCGAGUACGCACCCUACUUUACACUCCUCGAUGAUGGCCUCCUGAUGACCACUGCCGAUUUGGCGCCACUACUCGAUCAAGCCUUGAACCUCGCCGUAUUAGAACAGACUCCAUUCAGCAGUGCUGCUCAUUCGGUACACCUCCUUGUAGUAGACCGUAGAAAAAUGCUUAGUUUUGGGACUAACGGGCUUCGCGGUGAAAUUCUAGAAAAUGCGCCGCCUGGUACCGCUGUAGAUCUACCGCUUAUAAAAGCUGCAGCUCCUCUUAAUGUGGGUCCUGUAGCGUACAAAAUAAUAAAUGGCAAUGAAGAUUCCUUAUUCGCCUUGCGCGAAAAAACGAAGACCGGCGUGCCUGCAGUCGCAUCAGUUAUUACUGACGGAGAUGUGGAAAUAAUAGCAAUGAGGCCAUUAGACGCAGAGGUUCAAAACGCUUAUGAUUUAUCAUUACAAGCGACAGAUUUGACGGGAAGAAACAAAGCGAACCUUGGUGUCAGAAUAGAUGUAACAAACGAGAACGAUCACGAGCCUAUUUUUGAGCAGGACAUUUAUUAUUUUGCCGUCAAUGGAACUUUGGAUCAAAACAGUGAUAACGCAACAGCACAUUGGCAAAGGUUUUCAAAUAUUGGCAAAGUGCGUGCUUUUGAUGGCGACGGAGAUCGAGUGUAUUACUCAUUGAAAACACCCAGCAACUUGGCCGUUAUUGUGCCACAAACAGGAGAAUUGAUUCUAGCGGGAGAGCCUGACGGCCACGAAGCUGAGUUAGAGGUACUUGCUCAUGAUACGGGCUCGCCGCCGCGUAAAAGUCGACCGGCUCAAGUCUUUCUAGAAUUCGUCGUUCGUAGUAAAAAAGAUCUUCCAUCAUUGCGUCGUCAAAAGCGCCGUGUCACACGAGCGGUGAGACCGACCAAGCGUAUUGAGUUCACUGAGGCUGAUGGAGAAGUAGAAGGACGUGCGGUAUUCACUCUCGAAAAGGAAACCGACCGCGAAACAUUUAAAAUUCGGGACGAAAAUCCGUGGGUCACUGUUGAACCAAGUGGUGUAGUGAAAGUUAAAAAGAAGUGGGACUAUGAGGAAUUGGGGCCUGAGAAAACGAUCGACUUUUGGGUUACUAUCACCAACGCUGGAAAUGGAGUGGCUUUGAAAUACACGGACAAUCAACGGGUGAUCAUUCACGUGAAGGAUGUUAACGACGAGCCUCCGUACUUCAUCAAUCGACCUCUACCGAUGCAAACAGUCGUGCAACUGAAUGCGGCUCCUAACACCCCGGUGUUCACUCUACAAGCCAGAGAUCCGGACACGGAUCACAACAUUCACUACUUCAUCGUCAGAGACCGGACAGGAGGGCGAUUUGAAGUGGACGAGAGGUCGGGCGUCGUCCGCACGAGGGGAACGGACCCAUUCCAAUUAGAUAUGGAAUACGUGCUGUAUGUCAAGGCCGAAGAUCAGAGUGGCCGUGUCGACGAGAGGCGGUUUCAAUCCACGCCGGAGGAAAGGCUGAGCAUUGUGGGCGGAAAACGCGCGCCGCAGUUUUAUCUCUCAAACUAUGAAACAGAGAUAGCCGAGAACCAAAAGAAAGAUUCGGAUAUAAUAUCUGUGAAAGCGAAAUCAUUCGCGGAUCGAGAGAUUCGUUACACACUGAAAGCCCAAGGGCAAGGCGCGGGCACGUUCAACAUCGGACCGACUUCGGGAAUCGUGAAGCUUGCGAAGGAACUGGACUUCGAGGAUCUGCGCCAGCCGCACGUGUACUCCCUGGUUGUUACCGCCACUGAAGACUCCGGUGGAUUCUCCACUUCUGUUGAGUUAACAAUUCGCGUGACUGACGUGAACGACAACGCGCCCAAGUUCGAGCUGCCAGAUUAUCAGGCGCACAACGUGGACGAAGACAUCGCGAAAGGCACCAGCAUCCUCAAGGUCAAAGCUAUGGAUGCUGACUCCGGGAAGAACGCAGAAAUUGAAUAUUUAGUAUCAGACGACCACUUUGCCGUUGACAACAAUGGUAUAAUAACAAACAAUAAGCAGCUGGAUGCUGAUAAUAACAACGCAUAUUAUGAAUUUGUUGUUACCGCUCGAGAUAAGGGUGAACCGGCAAAAACAGGAACUGCCACAGUCCGUGUUUACACUAAAAACAAAAAUGACGAAGAACCAAAAUUCUCCCAACAAGUUUACACACCAAAUGUCGACGAAAACGCUGGGCCAAAUACAUUAGUAACGACAGUUGUAGCGUCAGAUAAGGAUGGUGACAAUGUUCGCUUUGGAUUUGUCGGUGGAGGGACGAGUUCUGGACAAUUUGUCAUUGAAGAAAUCACUGGAGUAAUUCGACUCCACAAUAAACCUAUAUCCUUGGACAGGGAUAAGUACGAACUGAAUGUAACGGCAAUGGAUGAUGGAGCAUGUUGCGUUAACGGAGAUACGACUAUUCAUACGUCUACUGCUGUUGUAGUUGUUUUCAUAACGGAUGUAAACGAUAACAAGCCUAUAUUCAAAGAUUGUCCAACAUACUUUCCUAAAGUCGAAGAGGGUGCUCCAAAUGGAAGUCCUGUUAUAAAAGUACACGCGACUGAUGAAGACAAAGGUGUAAAUGGGCAAGUUAAGUAUUCAAUUGUGCAACAACCCAACCAGAAAGGUACAAAGUUUACGGUGGACGAAGAAACUGGCGAAGUUUCCACGAAUAAGGUAUUCGAUAGGGAGGGAGACGAUGGAAAAUUUGUUUCCGUCACAGUAAAAGCUACGGACCAGGGCGAGCCAUCGUUGGAAGGUGUCUGCUCGUUUACAGUAGAAAUUACUGACGUUAAUGACAACCCUCCAUUAUUCGAUCGACAAAAAUAUGUGGAAAAUGUAAAACAAGACGCCAGUAUAGGUACUAAUAUACUGAGGGUUUCCGCAUCCGAUGAAGACGCCGACAAUAACGGUGCAAUAGUUUACACAUUAACUGCGCCGUAUAAUCCAGCCGACAUAGAUUACUUUGAAAUUCAACCCGAAUCGGGUUGGAUCGUACUUAAAAAACCUUUGGACCGAGAAACUUACAAGUUGGAGGCUAUGGCCCAAGACAAGGGCUUUCCACCCUUGUCGAGAACCGUGGAGGUCCAGAUAGACGUAGUGGAUCGCGCGAACAAUCCCCCAGUGUGGGAUCACACAGUAUACGGACCUAUCUACAUUCGAGAGAAUUUGCCCGUCGGUGCCAAAGUGGUGUCCGUUAAAGCAAGUUCUGGGAUUGAGAAUAACCCGACGGUGUUCUAUCGCCUGAUGCCCGGCUCUACGGCUCAAACAAACAAGUUUCAUACAUUUUACCUGCAACAAAGAUCUGAUAACGGAUUCACGUGGGCAGAUAUAAAAGUCAAUCAUCCUUUAGACUACGAAAGCAUCAAAGAGUACAAUUUGACUAUUCGAGUGGAGAACAAUGGAGCACAGCAACUUGCCUCGGAGACGACGGUGUACAUAAUGCUGGAAGACGUCAACGACGAGAUCCCACUGUUCACGGAGCGCGAGCAGGAGACGGUGCUGGAAGGCGAACCCAUCGGCACCAAGGUCACGCAGGUCAACGCUAUUGACAAGGACGGAACAUUCCCGAACAAUCAAGUGUACUAUUAUAUCGUGGAUUCUCCACGCAACGAGGGCAAGGAUUUCUUCGAGAUCAGCAUGCAGACUGGAGAGAUCUUCACGAAGGUGGUGUUCGACAGGGAGAAGCAGGGAGCAUACGCGUUGGAGGUGGAGGCACGCGACGGAGCGCCUUCGGCCCGCCCUAACUCCGACAAUCAACCGAAUUCAGUGACGAAAUUUAUCCGUAUUGGCAUCGCUGACAAGAAUGAUAACCCUCCAUACUUCGACAAGGAGCUGUACGAAGCAGAAGUGGACGAAAAUGAAGACAUUCAACACACUGUGCUUACGGUCACCGCCAAAGAUCACGAUGAAUCGUCGCGUAUUCGAUACGAGAUCACGAGCGGGAACAUAGGGGGCGCGUUCGCUGUCAAAAAUAUGACAGGCGCCAUCUACGUUGCCGGCGCGCUCGACUAUGAAACUAGAAAACGGUACGAGUUGAAACUGGCGGCAUCGGACAAUCUGAAAGAAAAUUAUACGACAGUGGUGAUUCACGUGAAAGAUGUCAACGACAAUCCUCCGGUAUUCGAAAGACCAACGUACCGUACGCAGAUCACCGAAGAAGUGGACCGGAAUCUUCCAAAACGUGUCCUACAGGUUACAGCGACGGACGGCGAUAAAGAUCGGCAACAAAACAUCGUAUACUUUUUAACUGGCCAGGGAAUUGAUGCAGAUAAUCCUGCAAAUAGCAAAUUUGAUAUAAAUCGCACUACGGGUGAAAUAUUCGUUCUUCGGCCGUUGGAUCGUGAUCAACCAAAUGGAAGACCACAAUGGAGGUUUACGGUAUUCGCUCAAGAUGAGGGUGGGGAAGGCCUUGUAGGCUACGCGGAUGUUCAAGUGAAUCUUAAGGAUAUUAACGAUAAUGCACCUAUAUUCCCACAAGGAGUUUAUUUUGGGAAUGUUACAGAAAACGGUACUGCAGGCAUGGUUGUUAUGACAAUGACUGCAUUAGAUUACGAUGACCCUGCCGAGAGUAACAACGCGAAGUUGUGGUAUUCGAUUGAAAAGAAUGUCAUUGAAGAAGAAACCGGUUCACCCAUAUUUGAAAUUGAGCCAGAAACUGGUGUUAUCAAAACUGCAGUGUGUUGUUUAGAUCGUGAACGAACUCCUGAUUAUUCAAUACAAAUAGUCGCUUCUGAUGGAGGGGGGCUUAAAGGGACGGGUACAGCAUCAAUACGCGUCAAAGAUAUCAAUGACAUGCCUCCACAAUUUACUAAAGAUGAAUGGUUUACUGAAGUUGAUGAAACCGAUGGCACUAAUUUACCAGAAAUGCCUAUUCUAACCGUAACAGUUCAUGACGAGGAUGAAACAAAUAAAUUUCAGUAUAAAGUUAUUGAAAACAGUGGUUAUGGAGCAGAUAAAUUUACCAUGGUUAGAAAUAAUGACGGUACUGGUUCGUUGAAAAUAGUUCAACCUUUGGAUUAUGAAGAUCAGUUACAAAGUAACGGUUUUAGAUUUAGAAUACAAGUUAAUGAUAAAGGAGAAGACAAUGACAAUGAUAAAUAUCAUGUGGCCUAUUCGUGGGUUGUGGUUAAGCUAAGAGAUAUUAAUGACAAUAAACCGCAAUUUGAACGAGCUAACAUAGAGGUAUCUGUAUAUGAAAAUGCAGAAGUUGGCAAGAGCCUUGAAACCUUUAAAGCCACCGAUCCCGACCAAGGUGGAAAAAGUAAAGUUUCUUAUGCUAUCGAUAGAUCUUCUGAUAGAAAGCGACAGUUCUCUAUUAAUCAAGAAGGCACAGUUAGUAUACAAAGAGCAUUAGAUAGAGAAGACACGCCAAGGCAUCAAGUCAAAAUAUUAGCUAUCGAUGACGGUGUCCCACCAAGAACAGCAACCGCAACGUUGACUGUAAUAGUCCAAGAUAUAAAUGACAAUGCACCCACCUUCUUGAAAGACUAUAGACCAGUUUUGACGGAACACAUAACACCGAAAAAAGUAGCAGAAAUCUUGGCGACCGAUGACGAUGAUAGGUCUAAAAGUAACGGACCACCGUUCCAGUUCCGGCUGGAUCCUGGUGCAGAUGAUAUAAUACGAGCAUCGUUUAAAGUAGAGCAAGAUCAAAAAGGUGCAAACGGAGACGGAAUGGCUAUAGUGUCCUCUUUGAGAUCGUUUGAUAGAGAACAGCAAAAAGAAUAUCUUAUUCCGAUUAUUAUUAAAGACCAUGGUAAUCCAGCCAUGACUGGAACCAGUACACUAACUGUGGUUAUCGGAGAUGUUAAUGACAAUAAAAUGCAACCCGGUUCUAAGGAAAUUCUUGUCUAUAAUUACCAAGGCCAAGCACCAGACACUGAAAUCGGACGAGUAUAUGUGUAUGAUCUAGAUGACUGGGAUUUACCGGACAAAAAGUUCUAUUGGGAAAGUUCAGAACAUCCAAACUUUACUUUGAACGAAGAAACAGGGAUGAUUCAAAUGAAACACAAGACAAGGGAAGGUAGAUACCACUUGAAAUUUAAAGUUUAUGAUAGAAAACAUACUCAGACUGAUGUUCCAGCUAAUGUUACUGUGUAUGUCAAAGAAAUAACACAUGAAGCAAUUAUAAAUUCGGGUUCCAUUCGGAUAUCGGGUAUAUCCGAUGAAGAUUUUAUCCGUGUUUGGAAUUAUAAAACACUCAGUGUAUCUAGAAGUAAACUGGAUAUUUUCAAAGACAAAUUAGCAGACUUGCUUAACACUGAAAGGGAAAAUAUCGAUAUAUUCAGUGUUCAACUGAGAAAGAAGCACCCACCGGUGACUGAUAUACGAUUUUCAGCACAUGGAGCUCAUUUCUACAAACCAAUUCGUCUAAAUGGAAUUGUACUCAUGCAUCGAGAAGAAAUUGAAAAAUCUGUAGGAAUCAACAUAACCAUGGUCGGUAUUGAUGAAUGUAUUUAUGAAAAUCAAAUGUGUGAAGGAUCUUGCACCAAUGUCCUUGAUAUAAGUAAUCUACCUUACAUGGUUAAUGCAAAUAAAACUGCUCUUGUUGGUGUUAGAGUUGAUGUGAUCGCUGAAUGUACUUGUGGCGCCAGAAACUUUACUCAAGCUGAAACAUGUCGUAAUUCGCCCUGUUAUAAUGGAGGAAGAUGUAUAGAAGGCAAAUACGGCUUAACGUGCUCCUGUCCACCCGGAUAUACAGGUCCAAGAUGUCAACAAACAUCGAGAAGCUUUAGGGGUACCGGAUGGGCGUGGUACCCGGCUCUGGAAAUGUGUGAUAAUUCUCAUCUGAGUUUUGAGUUUAUUACAAGAAAAUCUGAAGGAGUAUUACUUUAUAACGGACCCAUAGUACCACCUGAGCCUGAAGAAAUAAUGGUUUCUGAUUUUAUAUCUGUAGAACUAGAUAGGGGUAAUCCACGACUCCUCAUCGACUUUGGCUCUGGUACGUUAGAACUAAGAGUGAAAACUAAAAAAUCUUUGGACGACGGUGAAUGGCAUCGAAUUGAUAUUUUCUGGGAUACUGAAAACGUAAGAAUGGUAGUAGAUUUUUGCAAAUCAGCUGAUAUACAAGAAAUGGAAGACGGAACACCUCCUGAAUUUGAUGAUUCAUCUUGUCAAGCUUCGGGUACUAUCCCACCAUUCAAUGAGUACUUGAAUGUGAAUGCACCACUACAAAUUGGCGGCUUGUAUAUAGACCACUUCGAUCCAACUCACUACCAUUGGCAAUUUAUGCCGAUCGGAAAAGGAUUCGAUGGAUGUAUUCGUAAUUUAAUCCACAACAGUAAACUAUACGACCUAGCCCAUCCUGGAUUGUCCAGGAAUUCUGUUGCGGGAUGCCCACAGACUGAAGAAAUCUGUAAUCAAGCAGAUGCAACAUCUAGAUGUUGGGAACAUGGAAAUUGCGUUGGUAGUUUCUCUGAAGCUCGUUGUCAGUGCCAACCAGGUUGGACUGGUCCAUCUUGUAACUUGCCCACCACGCCGACUAGUUUUCGUCCACAGAGUUACGUGAAGUUUGCACUGAGUUUUGAACCGGACAGAUUUAGUACACAAAUACAGCUACGCUUUAGAACCCGGGAGCCGCAUGGAGAGCUCUUUAGAGUAAGCGACCAACACAAUAGAGAGUAUGGUAUUCUUGAAGUAAAAGAUGCUCGUUUACAUUUCCGUUACAAUCUCAACUCAUUACGAACAGAGGAACGCGACGUAUGGCUCAACUCAGUAUCUGUUGAUGAUGGACAAUGGCAUAUAGCCCGCGUCAGUAGAUAUGGUAGCGCUGCUACCCUCGAAAUAGACGGCGGCGAAGGAAGAAGGUACAAUGAGUCAUUUAGAUUUGAAGGUCAUCAGUGGCUAUUAGUUGAUAAACAAGAAGGAGUUUACGCCGGUGGUAAGGCGGAAUACACUGGUGUUCGAACGUUCGAAGUAUAUGCUGAUUUCCAGAAAGGUUGUCUUGACGAUAUUAGGUUGGAAGGCAAACAUCUGCCACUACCGCCCGCCAUGAACGGCACUCAAUGGGGACAAGCUACUAUGGCUCGAAAUCUCGACCGUAACUGUCCAUCAAAUAGUCCUUGCAUCAAUGUUCACUGCACGGAGCCCUUCGUAUGCGUCGAUCUUUGGAAUGAAUAUGAAUGCACGUGUCCGGGAGGGUCUACUCGUGCUGGAGGCACGUGCGUCAACGUGAACGAGUGCCUUGGCCGGCCGUGUCUGAACGGGGGCACUUGCGUGGACCGUGAGCCUGCACGCCGCUACGACUGCGUGUGUGCGCUCGGCUACGCGGGGCAUGACUGCGAACUAGUCUUGCUAGCCUCCGGGAUCAUCACCCCAUCCAGAGAUUUCAUAAUAGCUAUCAUUGUCUGUUUGUUUUUGCUUUUAGUACUGGUGUUAGUCUUCGUGGUAUACAACCGUCGCCGUGAGGCACACAUCAAGUACCCGGGGCCGGACGACGACGUCCGCGAGAACAUUAUUAACUACGACGACGAAGGGGGCGGCGAGGAUGAUAUGACCGCUUUUGACAUCACCCCCCUGCAGAUACCUAUCGGCGGACCACUACCUGACCACGCACCUGCUAAAUUACCUUAUCCACUGAUGGGCGUGGGUAUCGGCGUGGGCCCAAUGGGUGUCGCUAUAGGCGUGCCGCCGGUGCUGCCGCUGCCAGGCGAGACCAACGUUGGCAUGUUCAUCGAGGAGCACAAGCGACGGGCCGACAGCGAUCCCAAUGCGCCACCAUUCGACGACCUCCGCAACUACGCUUACGAGGGCGGCGGCAGUACCGCUGGCUCUUUGUCGUCCCUAGCUUCCGGUACUGACGACGAGACGCAUGAAUACGAUUACCUGGGCGCCUGGGGACCGAGAUUUGACAAAUUGGCUGACCUCUACGGACCCGACAUGGACGAGCAGCUCUAAGCACGGCAACCUCGCCCGCAACACGGCGUUUUAGUCAAUUGUCUCCCAUUAUUCUAACCUGUAAGACAUAAGCCGCUAUAAAAUACGCUCCUUAACUUACGUUAUUUUACUAUUUCGUUUGAUAUUAAUCACGUGACACAUCGCCGUGGCAAGCUGUUCUCAACGUGUACUUUAUUUAUAAACACUAAGCUUAAAAUAAUUAUUCUUAAAUUAACUUAUUUUAAAUGCGACUUUUAUAAAGUAAAAACGUACUCACCAAAUAUUCGAUAUAAGUUUUUAUUAUACUUAGCCAUAUUAUGAGUCAGUAUUUUAUUGGAAGUUGUCGAGAUAAGGGGCAUUUCAACUGGAGGGCCAGACGUGAAUCUGAAUGUGGGUGUUUGUAGAUAGUGUGCUAUAAAUGUGAAUAAUUUAUACGAGUAUUUUGUAAGUUCACAGCUUUACGUGAUAUCACUGUAUGGAUGGCCCUUCUUUAAAGUCGACAAUCGAUUGGAGUAUAGAAAGAACAUGUUAUAUUUUAUAUUAUUAAAUAAUUAGAUAAAUGGUCCGUUCGGCCGCCGAAUAUAGCGCUCAGUGGAUCCGUGGAUUAUAUAGGGGAUGUAUAUACGACUUUUGACAUCCACCCCUUACCUAGCUAAAUAAAACGUAACAUUCAAAUUGGAAUUUCAGUGUAAAAACUGUACAGUAUCUGGUGUUCCUCUCCAAAUGUCUCUGUAGUGUUAGUUAAUAUUUAGAGAUACGGAAAGGACUACCUACGGUCUACUUCUUAACGUAGUACUAAAACAUUGUGAAGGAUUGUGUGUUGGCAUAACGACUACCAUGAAGCUGAAUGAUAGCGUGCAAGUGAAUGAGCAGCGGAACGAAUGACAAACAGCGACGAUAGAGUGAGUGAACGAGCUGGGGUGCUUCGGGGAUUGAGUGCGUGCGGUCGCAAGGGGGAAGCGACGCUGCGAUAUGAAUGGGACUGUGCCAAUUUUAGCGUUAUCAAUGCAGCUGACGACGGUAGGGUUAAGUGUUUGCACUUUAUUUAUUCGUAUAUUUACAUAAAUAUAAAUUUAGUCGCACCUAGAAAAAUAUCAAUAACUUACUAAGAGUGUUGUGCUAGAUUAUUCCAUCGAUUUUGACGUGAGAUAGUUGUUGAAACCGUUAGAAAGUCACUAAUUUAAAACCUUAUUUUUAAGAAUUUAUAGUAAAGAAAAAUAAUUAAUUUAAUUGAAGGUUUAUAAUGGAACUGUCUCACUUCGACAUCGAAUUAGGAUCUGUGUAAAUUUUAGAAUAUAUUAUACUUAAUUGUUUUAAAAUGACUGAUUUUUUAUUAUGCGUUUGAAAGCCUAAGAUUUUUGUAGAUUCGGUUGUUUAUAAUGAAUACCUUACUGUAAGAACACCCACUAGUUUGCACUCAAGAUGAAUACUCGAGUUAUCAAUAAAGCAAUUCUCGUUAAUUACUAUUCGUGUAAGUAGACAUAGUUAGGCCCAAAUCGAUGUGACGUUUAGCUUUUAAUUUUUUCCAUUUAUUAUUUUAUAUCAUUAUCAUUACACUGCCAGUAAUCAUACAUAUUAUAGACGAAUUAUUAUAGAGUUUGUCCGAUUUUAUAUUUCAGUCUUAUACAAUGGUAUUUUAUAAGUUUUUGAACUGUUUAUGAGAUGUAUACUUUCCGAUUCGAUGUGCUCUACGUCACUGAGUACUAAAACAAACAUUUUUGUUUUCCCUGUAGGCUCUGAUGUCUUAGGGUGCGCUUUCAGUAGCCGUAAAAAUUAACAAUUUUUAUUUUCAAGCCAUCCGAAACUUCAAACAUUAUAAAAACAACUCUCCUUCUUCGUAACUUCUGUAAUUUUUUUUAAAUUGAUUAGCGAAAAAGUUACAAUUUAUGUAAUUAAAAUAGAUUACUAAAUUCUGCAAGUGAUGUGAAAACGCACCCUUAUAAUGUAUACAUUUUGUGCAAAUUAUUUCCUGGAACGUUUACACGUUCUGUGUUAUCUAUUCCGAAAUCAAAUUAGUGUUCUAGUAACUACAGUACGUGUAAUUGUAAAUUACCAAUUCCUACGUAUAUCAUUCAUAUGGCAAUAAUACAAUUCCGACGCGAAUUUGAUAAAUAAUGUGUACACUAUCAGACAGCAGAGCACAAUCUCCCAGUACAAAGAAUACGAGGCGCCGCGCCUACUGCACCUAAUUAUUAAUUUUAGAUUAUAAUUACGAUAUACCUACAUAGUUUUGUUUUGUUUCAACUGUGAUUAUUAAGUUAUACAAUUCUGACAAUUACAUAAAAUAU